GCCCUGCCCCUGCCCCCAGGUGCUCUCUCUACCCUCGCUUUCCCCCGCCCGCCCCAGGCUCAGCCACCAUCAGUCACGUCACUCCAGUGACUGGAGAGGGAGGGAAAGGAUAAGGGGCAGGAUGGAGGCCCCACUCCCCGAGGUUGCCUAGACAACAUCAGAAAUCGUGGCCAGGGCCUCUUCCGCCUGCGGGGCGCUGCUUCCUGCAUCAGUCACUCCCGCUGGGGGCGGGGCGGAGGAAGGGGUUGGAUGUGGCAGAGCCAGGCCCCAGCCGGUGCUGCUCCGUCUUCGCUGUCGCCCUGGCCCCAGCCAUGGCAUCCUAUCCUUCUGGGCACGGCAAGGCCAAGGCCAAAUAUCCCUUUAAGAAGCGAGCCAGCCUGCAGGCUUCCGCUGCUGUUCCAGAGGCUCGGGGUGGUCUGGGGGCCUCUCCGCUACAGUCUGCCCGAUCCCUGCCGGGCCCCGCCCCCUGCCUCAAGCACUUCCCGCUCGACCUUCGCACGUCUAUGGAUGGCAAAUGCAAGGAGAUUGCCGAGGAGCUGUUUAGCCGCUCACUGGCCGAGAGUGAGCUCCGCAGUGCCCCGUAUGAGUUCCCGGAGGAGAGCCCCAUUGAGCAGCUGGAGGAGCGGCGACAGCGGCUGGAGCGGCAGAUCAGCCAGGAUGUCAAGCUGGAACCGGACAUCCUGCUUCGGGCUAAGCAAGAUUUCCUGAAGACAGACAGUGACUCGGACCUACAGCUGUAUAAGGAGCAGAGUGAAGGGCAGGGGGACAGAGGCCUGUGGGAACGUGAUGGGGUGCUGGAGCGGGAAUUUCAGCGCGUCUCCAUCUCUGGGGAGGAGAAGUGUGGGGUGCCAUUCACAGAUUUGCUGGACGCCGCCAAGAGCGUGGUGCGGGCGCUCUUCAUCCGGGAGAAGUACAUGGCCCUGUCACUGCAGAGCUUCUGCCCCACCACCCGCCGCCACCUACAGCAGUUGGCUGAGAAGCCUCUGGAGACACGGACCUAUGAGCAGAGCCCGGACACCCCUGUGUCUGCUGAUGCCCCGGUACACCCCCCUGCGCUGGAACAGCACCCAUACGAACACUGUGAGCCAAGCACCAUGCCCGGGGACCUGGGCUUGGGUCUGCGCAUGGUGCGUGGUGUGGUGCACGUCUACACUCGCAGGGAACCGGAUGAACAUUGCCCAGAGGUGGAGCUGCCCUACCCUGACCUGCAGGAAUUUGUGGCUGAUGUCAAUGUGCUGAUGGCCUUGAUUAUCAAUGGCCCCAUAAAAUCCUUCUGCUACCGCCGUCUGCAGUACCUGAGCUCCAAGUUCCAGAUGCACGUGCUGCUCAACGAGAUGAAGGAGCUGGCUGCCCAGAAGAAAGUGCCGCACCGCGACUUCUACAACAUCCGCAAGGUGGACACACACAUCCACGCCUCAUCCUGCAUGAACCAGAAACACCUGCUGCGUUUCAUCAAGCGAGCCAUGAAGCGGCACCUGGACGAGAUCGUGCACGUGGAGCAGGGCCGGGAGCAGACGCUGCGGGAGGUCUUCGAGAGCAUGAACCUCACCGCCUACGACCUGAGCGUGGACACGCUCGACGUGCACGCGGACCGGAACACUUUCCACCGCUUUGACAAAUUCAAUGCCAAAUACAACCCCAUCGGGGAAUCUGUCCUCCGAGAGAUAUUCAUCAAGACGGACAACAGGGUUUCCGGGAAGUACUUUGCUCACAUCAUCAAGGAGGUGAUGUCAGACCUGGAGGAGAGCAAAUACCAGAAUGCGGAGCUGCGGCUGUCCAUCUACGGGCGCUCUAGGGACGAGUGGGACAAGCUGGCCCGCUGGGCUGUGAUGCACAGAGUGCAUUCUCCCAACGUGCGCUGGCUGGUGCAGGUGCCCCGCCUCUUUGACGUGUAUCGCACCAAGGGCCAGCUGGCCAACUUCCAGGAGAUGCUGGAGAACAUCUUCCUUCCGCUGUUCGAGGCUACUGUGCACCCUGCCAGCCACCCUGAGCUGCACCUUUUCCUGGAGCAUGUGGAUGGUUUUGACAGUGUGGAUGAUGAAUCCAAGCCAGAGAACCACGUCUUCAAUCUGGAAAGCCCCCUCCCUGAAGCUUGGGUGGAGGAGGACAACCCUCCCUACGCGUACUACCUUUAUUACACCUUCGCCAACAUGGCCAUGUUGAACCACCUGCGCAGGCAGCGGGGUUUCCACACGUUUGUGCUGAGGCCACACUGCGGGGAGGCUGGGCCCAUCCAUCACCUGGUAUCAGCCUUCAUGUUGGCCGAGAACAUCUCCCACGGGCUGCUUCUGCGCAAGGCGCCAGUCCUGCAGUACCUGUAUUACCUGGCCCAGAUUGGCAUCGCCAUGUCUCCACUCAGCAACAAUAGCCUCUUCCUCAGCUACCACCGGAACCCUCUACCCGAGUACCUGUCGCGUGGCCUCAUGGUCUCCCUGUCCACAGAUGACCCUCUGCAGUUUCACUUCACCAAGGAGCCGCUGAUGGAAGAAUACAGCAUUGCCACCCAGGUGUGGAAGCUUAGCUCCUGUGACAUGUGCGAGCUGGCCCGCAACAGCGUGCUCAUGAGUGGCUUCUCCCACAAGGUAAAGAGCCACUGGCUAGGACCCAACUACACCAAGGAGGGCCCUGAGGGCAAUGACAUCCGCCGCACCAAUGUGCCGGACAUCCGCGUGGGCUACCGUCACGAGACCCUGUGCCAGGAGCUGGCGCUCAUCACACAGGCCGUCCAGAGUGAAAUGCUGGAGACCAUCCCAGAGGAGGUGGGCAUCACCAUAAGCCCGGGGCCUUAGUGAACCUGGGCCAUGCCGUGCCGACCCCAGCUCAGCGCCUUGACCAUGUUUGUCUUUGGACCCUUUCCCACCUGGUGUGGUCUCUGCAUGUCUCCAUUUUCUUUGUUUCUGUCAUGCAUGUCUCUGUGUCCUGCCACUGGGCCACCUCAAUGAAAGCAAGCCCAUGAAUCUGCUUCACCGUUGGCUUGGCUCAGGUGGCACCAGAUGGCUGACAUUUAAGGGCUGGCCCUGUUAGUGACCCUGUCCCAGGCUUAUCCAAGACCUGGCUGUUCUAUGGCCGUGUCUUUAAGUAAUCUACAGAGGCUUGAGAUGGUUGUAGAGGGCUGGCCCCUGUAGCCUCUGGGGUUGUGCCUGGGCAAACCCAGGCUGUGACUGGAACUUAGGUUGAGCUCCUUGUCUUGUUUAUGUGGCUGAGGGGCAGUCACGUGGCGCCUGUGACCCUCUGCCGCGGGCACUGGCUGCCCAGGCUCUGUGGAGCUCCAGCAGCGCUGCACUGGGCAGAGCUGGGCUUGGGUGCCUGGCGGCCUGGCCGGAGGGGGUGGACCGCUGCCUCUGCCACGUUCCUGCCCUCCAGCCUUUGCCGUUCUUCUCAAGUCCACGUGCUCCUCCAGCGUCAGCUUCCUGUGCCCCUGUGGAGGGGGCAGCCACCCUGGGCCGUGUCUGGGGUACUAUAGCUGGACGGGGCUGGAUCUGCCACAAGCCCUGGGCGGUGGUAACCCCUGUGGGGGAGUCUCCAGACGCAGAUCCCGGCCGCCCUCCCGUGUUGUGUUCCGGACCGAGGCCUUUGCUGUGACAAGCAGUGUUUCAUAUGACCCAUGUUUCCUACUGCAUGAGAAAUAAAGACUAUUUAAGUAA